AGUGGUAUCCCUGAGGUCCCUUCGGGGUCAAAGACAUCUCCAAGUCCUCCCUUUGGACUCUCCAUCGCUCCAAGCAUGGGGGUUAGUUGGCCGGGCAAUAUAUUACCGGAAUAUAAAGGGGAGGCAAUGCAUACUAUCCCGGAAGAGUGUGAGAGGCUCUUCUGUGACACAUUGUCUGCGAUCUUCCUUGGUGAGAGGAGCUUCGCUGGACAAGAGUCACUUGGGGUAGGUGCGUCUCAAAGCCGGCCGAACAAUAGUAUGCCGAUUGAACAGUGGUUUGAGCUGUUGGAUUACACCAGCGACACUAUACACCGUGGUUUUGUAACCAAUACGAGCGGCGAACCGACCUUGUUUGUUUUCCUUGCAGAGAACGCACUCGGUCACGGUCUGAAAACAGGGUUAAUUGCCCUGUUUGAACUUGCUAAUAUAUCUGCUUUUGGGUGCCCCCGAAUUGUGGCAUGUGUACCCCGUUCGCACGAUGCAGUUGAACUAGAAGCUGUACGGAACCUCGGUUGGUGCGGAUUCAGUUUGACUACUUUGCAACCGUGGAGUGGUGCAAGAGACGUCGAACGCUCGCUUAGCACUAAAUGGCUUUUCUUGGAUGCGGAGGUUUAG